AUGGGGACUACAGAGGCCACACUCCGGAUGGAAAAUGUGGACGUGCGGGAGGAAUGGCAGGAUGAGGAUCUCCCCAGGCCGCUCCCAGAGGAGACGGGGAUGGAGCUGCUGGGAAGCCCUGGGGAAGAUGUGUCCUCCCCACCCAGUGCACUGAACUUCGGGGGAGCUCAUCGCAAGAGGAAGACGCUGGUGGCCCCCGAGAUCAACAUCUCCCUGGACCAGAGCGAAGGCUCUCUGCUGUCCGAUGACUUCCUGGACACCCCCGAUGACCUGGACAUCAAUGUGGAUGACAUCGAAACCCCGGAUGAGACCGACUCACUGGAGUUCCUGGGAAAUGGGAACGACCUGGAGUGGGAAGAUGACACCCCUGUGGCCACCGCCAAGAACAUGCCCGGGGACAGCGCAGAUCUGUUUGGGGACAGCACGGCGGAGGACGGCAGUGCCGCCAAUGGGCGGCUGUGGCGGACCGUGAUCCUCGGGGAACAGGAGCACCGCAUUGACCUGCACAUGAUCCGGCCGUACAUGAAGGUGGUCACCCACGGAGGGUACUACGGGGAGGGCCUCAACGCCAUCAUUGUCUUCGCCGCCUGCUUCCUCCCGGACAGCAGCGCCCCAGACUACCACUACAUCAUGGAGAACCUCUUCCUGUACGUGAUCAGCAGCCUGGAGCUGCUGGUGGCCGAGGACUACAUGAUCGUGUAUCUGAAUGGUGCCACCCCCCGGCGGAGGAUGCCGGGCAUCGGCUGGCUGAAGAAGUGUUACCAGAUGAUAGACAGGAGAUUGCGGAAAAAUCUGAAGUCCUUGAUCAUCGUUCACCCCUCCUGGUUCAUCCGGACCGUGCUGGCCAUCUCCCGGCCCUUCAUCAGCGUCAAGUUCAUCAGUAAGAUCCAGUAUGUGCACAGCCUGGAGGAACUGGAGCAGCUCAUCCCCAUGGAGCACGUGCAGAUUCCAGAUUGUGUCCUGCAGUAUGAAGAAGAAAGAAUCCGAGCCAGGAGAGAGAGCUCCAGGCCCCAGCCAGAGUUUGUCCUGCCCAGGUCUGAAGAAAAGCCGGAGGCAGCGCUAGAGGAAGACAGGUCUGCUCCUGCCACAGAGGACCAGGAAACAAGCAUGUCCUGA